UACUUCAGGAAUUCAACUCCUGGAUCCCCCCGGAAGCAGCCAGCCCCUGCCCCCAGGGAGGAGCAGUGAAAAGCAUGAAGAAGCCUGAGCACAGAGCCACCCGGCUGCCCAGCUUCUUCCUCAUGGCCGGCCUGAGCCCUGAGCAGCUCCAGAAGUUCCAGGAGGAUGGAUUCCUGGUGCUGGAAGGGUUCCUGUCCGCCGACGAGUGUGUGGCCCUGCAGCAGAGGGUUGGCGAGAUAGUGGCCGGGAUGGAUGUCCCUCCACACUGCCGCACAGAGUUUUCCACCCAGGAGGAGGAGCAGCUGCGAGCCCAGGGCAGCACGGACUAUUUCUUGAGCAGUGGCGACAAGAUUCGAUUCUUCUUUGAGAAAGGAGUUUUUGAUGAGAAAGGAAAUUUCCUGGUCCCUCCAGAGAAAUCCAUCAACAAAAUUGGCCACGCUCUGCACGCCCAUGACCCUGUCUUCAAGUGUGUCACACACUCCCCUAAGGUGCAGGCCUUGGCCAGAAGCCUGGGCUUCCAAAUGCCCGUGGUGGUGCAGAGCAUGUACAUCUUUAAGCAACCUCACUUUGGCGGCGAAGUCACUCCUCACCAGGAUGCCACCUUCCUGUACACGGAGCCCCUGGGCCGGUUGCUGGGCGUGUGGAUCGCACUGGAGGAUGCCACGCUGGAGAACAGCUGCCUCUGGUUCAUCCCUGGCUCCCACACCAGUGGAAUAUCGAGAAGGAUGGUCCUGGCCCCUCCUGGCUCGGUACCUGGCAUCAGCUUCCUGGGGUCAGAUCCGGCCUGGGACGACAGCCUCUUCGUGCCCACCCCAGUGCAGAGAGGGGCCCUUGUCCUGAUCCACGGAGAAGUGGUGCACAAGAGCGCGCAAAACCUCUCCGACCGCUCACGCCACGUCUAUACGUUCCACCUCGUGGAGACCUCUGGCACCACGUGGAGCCCGGAGAACUGGCUCCAGCCAACAGCUGAGCUGCCCUUUCCCGCACUGUACACCUGAGGGCUCCCGAAGGGCCAGGCGCUGUUCCCUCCCAGGUAGCUGUGGGCCGCACACGCCGGUGCCACGUCCUCUGCCAACCCUGUUGUCUGACAAGGUUCGGGCAUGGAGGACUCGAGUUCAAGGAACUCGUUUACCUGGAGGAGAACGUGGGACCUAAAAUGGGUUAACAAUUGGCUGUUUUAUUUUAAUUAUUUUACUCUUGUUACUGAGUAUGGGCAUUGUAUUGUAUUUACUUAUUCCUGUGAAAAUCACCCAAGAGGAAGGGACAGUUCAGGGGAAAACAUUAGUAUCCCCCACGGAACUGCCUGAAAGGAUGGAAAAAUCUCCACAGAUUCCCCUCUCCCUUAUACAGGGGGGUACGACAGCCAGGGCAAUAUAAUUGUAACCGUAAGGGAAAACAUGUCAAGUUGUAUAAAUUACCCUGGUUUGAGCAACUUAAAGCGAUCAGGACCGCCAUGGUGUACCAGAAAUAAGAAAAACAAGCUCUUAAAUCAACAGUUAAGGCCAGUUAAUAAAGAACCAGGUUAUUGUUGCAAACACAGGUUGUGCUGCCAACAGUUGAGGGAAGAACAGAUCAGAAAGACUUUCCCACGACUGUUCCUCACCCACAGAUACAAAGGGUCUUCCAAGAAGACAAGUAAAAACUGUAUAGACCCACAGCCCAGGGAUACGGUCGGGACGGUUGAGAUGAUCUGCAAGGCAGAGGCACCUGUGGCUGGAUUUCCUGUCUGUCUCCCCUUACACGUUUGUUUGGGUGACCAGAAGGUGGUGGGAUUGUUAGACACCUGUAUUUCAGGUUCAUUGACUAGCAUAAUUCCAAUGAAGUUGUACAAAAUAAUUUCUUGACCAGAGAACAAAAUCCCCUCUAAUGAAACAGUCCCUCAAUGUCUAAAAGUUGUUGGAGUAACAGCCCCUCCUUUACCUUGAAUAAGAAUAUAUAUCAAUUAGACAGGCAAAGAAAUAACAAAAGCUGGCUGGUUAUUAUAAACUAAACACGUAGAAACAGUUACUGAAGAGUCAGAGUUUAUAGUACACAGAGAAACAUUUUAGACAGAAAAGAAUAGAUAGCUAAGUAAGACAUCACAAAGGCCUUAUAAUAAAUCUCCUAUUGCCUCUACUCAAUCUAGCGUAUCCUUUUGCCCCAUGACAAAUUCUGAGAAACUUUAAUAUACAAUAAGACAUUCAGAUUCUGUACAUACAGCUAUUUCCAAUUGUCUGAUUUAUGGCUCUCCUGGUCAAAACAACUUUUGUUUAAUAUAACUGAAACUAUGUAAAUUCUUGUACUUUUCCUGGUAACCUUUGUAUUGAUUUUUUCUGCUUAACUGAUCAUGCUGUACUGCAAAUGUUAAUCACUACCUAAAAUGAAAAUACAAAAAUCUGCUUGUACUUGCAAUAAAUGGAACAGAGCUUCACUGUC